AUGGGAUGCUGUGGGGAUUGCUGCGUACUACCAAAAGAGUCGAGGGACCCGCUAAAGUACGAUCCUGACUUCAAGGGUCCCACGCACAACAGAUCCUGCACUGACAUCAUAUGGCUGUUACUGUUCAUCCUAUUCUUGGGUGCAUGGGGUUUCGUUGGUUAUUAUAGUAUGAAAAAUGGCGACGUGCGAAAAUUGCUGGCACCAAUUGAUUCGAAAGGUCGUCGAUGUGGUCUGGAUUCGGGACUAGAGAACAAGAAAUAUCUUAUGUUCUUUAACAUAGCUAAAUGCUUACAACCUGGAACCCCAAUCACUGGAUGCCCAACUCCACAGGUUUGCGUGGAAAAAUGUCCCAGCGAAACCAUUCUGUUCGAAACAAAACUAACACCGAGCACAUUUAAUACACUCAGAAACUCUAUGGUGUGCACUGAUGAAGUUAACAUGAAUCUUCUGACUUACGAUCAAGCUAUCACCUACAUGAGAGAAGAAAAGUGCGCUAGUUACGUUCUAAGGAGUGAACCAGUGUUGUUCCGCUGCAUCGGUGACCUAUCAACCAUGCCCCAGUGUAAGGGCGCCAGCGUCAGCAUGAUCGACCAGGGUGAGGUGGGCGGCCAGACCUGCGUGAGGAACUACAAGGUGGCGCAGAAGUCUCUGCUUAACCGUGCCACCGCCCUCGACUCGUACGUGGGCUGGAUAGCCGCUAGCUGGGUGAACUACUUCACCAGGAACGAACGUGACACCCACGUUGUAGUUGUGGGCCGAUGCCUGAUGAACGUGACGGAAGCCAUUGAAGUUGUGGACACGCUCCGAAACGCCACGGAAGAGAUGGGCCUCAACGUUAACGAGGUGGCCAGUCAGAUCAGCGCUUUGGUAAACUUUGAGCAGCUCUCAGCACAGAUAGUGCAAGAUCUGGUGCUGUCGCGGUGGUACAUGGCUGGGGCCCUCGUGGCCGUGGUGCUGAUCUGUUUCCUGUACAUCCUGCUUCUGCGGUGGGUGGUCACGCCUGUCGUGUGGGCCUCCAUUGCGUGCCUACUCGGAGCCUUAGGCUUUUCGUUAUACCUAUGCUACAAUAACUACAUCUACUACCGUAACAAUCCAGUUAGCCUGCACCAGACUACGAAUCUCAAAGGCUAUGCGGAGUCCAUUUUCAGCAAGAAGGAGACUUGGCUUGGCAUUAUGAUUGCUGUGGCUGUGCUGCUCUUAAUACUCCUAAUCAUUGUCAUCUUUUUGAGGAAGCGGAUUACUAUUGCCAUCGCUCUUAUACAAGAGGGCAGCAAAGCUAUAAUUGCAGUAAAGACGACAGUGUUCUUUCCUAUAAUACCGUGCGUACUGCAAUGCGCCGUGAUCGCUUACGGAGUAUUUGUGUUGAUGUUCAUUAUGUCAAUGGGCGAGUCGGCCUUCCGCGUGGUCAACCUGAAGAACGACACCAGCUGCGACUGCCGCGGAGUCUACACUCAGCAGCCCUGCAGCCUCGCCUCUUGCCACUUCACAGGCUUGGAUAGUCCCACGAGCGUGGUAUAUUUACACCUCGUCAACUUACUUGGAUUCUUUUGGACUAUGUUUUUCAUCAGCGGAGUUUCGGACAUGAUGUUAGCGAGCACAUUUUCCACUUGGUAUUGGACGUUCCACAAAAGAGAUCUUCCUUUCUUCACUCUUACUGCUGGUAUAUUCAGAACUUUGAGAUACCAUUUAGGAACUGUUGCUUUAGGCGCGCUCAUUAUCGCCAUAGUACGAGUGAUAAGAGUCAUUCUCGAAUAUAUCGACCACAAAAUAAAGAAAUUCGACAAUCCCUUCACGCGCUGCAUAUUGUGUUGCUGCAAAUGCUUUUUCUGGUGUCUGGAGAAUUUCCUCAAGUUCAUCAACAAGAAUGCGUAUAUUAUGUGCGCUGUACACGGAAAGAACUUCUGUAAGAGCGCGAGGGACGCUUUUUCAUUACUUAUGCGGAACAUAAUACGAGUUAUUGUCUUAGACAAGGUAACGGACUUCAUUUUCUUCCUAUCUAAAUUACUGAUCUCAAUCGGCGUGGGUUUUGCCGUGUAUUACUUGCUACAGUGGAAUCUGGUAUACGAAGUCACGCAAGGAGAGCGGCUGCACUACAGUUACACUCCUGCCAUAAUACUAAGCAUAGCCACAUAUCUUAUCAGCUCUAUAUUUUUCAAUGUUUAUUCUAUGGCAGUCGACACGUUAUUCUUAUGUUUUCUGGAAGACUGCGAAAGAAACGACGGUUCACCUGAGAAACCAUAUUUCAUGUCUAAAAACCUAAUGAAAAUUCUCGGCAAACGUAACGAAAGACCAAAAAGGGAAUAAAAUUACAUAAUAUAUGUUUGUGCCAAAGAAAACCCUCAAAGUAAAUACGAAAGUUGUGAAAAAGUUAAUUAAACUUAUGCAAUUAAUAGAAGUGUAAUAGAUACCUAGGAUAUUGCCAUAAAAAUGAAGUUCACAUAAUCUCAGUUCGUUCAGAUGCGAUGGUGCUGUUUAUCAUAAGUAUACUUUGUUGUCCCUUUAAUAAGAAGGAUAUUAUAUUUUCAAUGGUAAUGAAAUAAAAAUCAGCAGCUAACUUAAAUUAAAACAAAAAGGGAAGAUACGGCACUCGCGGCUCAAAAGUGAUCCGCUUAAAUUGUGGUGCAUGACCACAAUUCGCUUUAGCGUCAGUUCACACCGAGACGAGACGACACUCGAAGUGGCCAAUGAUUUCGCGCUGCGCCGCGAGACGCAUCGCUACGUCAAGUAUAGUUCAAGAUCAAAUAACAAAUGCCACGGCAACACUUUUCAUUCGUAAAACUAUACAAACAUUUUUUCUCAAAAAUCAUGGUUUUCCAUGAAUGUUAGUUACUGAUUUGCCAUUUUUUAUCAAGGAAAGGACAAAAAUACAAUUCUGCCGUCUGCAGAGAGAGAAAAGAAAACGCAGUCGGCUGCAAAGCGUCGCGGACUCGCGCCGUACAUUACUGUCUUGCUCUCUUGAUUGAAUGUUUAUUUACAGAAGUGUGCAUGUGUGAGAGUUGCUUAAGUAGUUGAGUCGGAUCAUAUUUGAUUUGAUGCUAGUAUGCUUUCGCUCGCGCUGCGUUGAAGCGUACAAUUCUGUCUCGCUCGCUCGAUUAAUCGAUUGAUUAUAUUUUAUUUAAUGCUAGUAUGAGCAUACCAUAUUUUCCCUUUUUGUUCUAACCUUAGGCAGCAUAAUAAUAAAUGUUACGCACUUAAGCACCGUCUACUCGUGGACACCGCGCUGUCAAUCAGCUUACGUCGACCCCGCCGUGCUGGCCGCGCGAUACGCCCCGCCCGCCAUACGAGCGAGCGAGACAGAGCGUGUAGGUAGGUACAGUUUCUCGCGUGUCAGCGAAGUGAUAUUCUAUUCUAAUUCAUAACUAAACAAAAUAAUAAAUACCACUUUAAAUAUAAUGCGAUUCAAAUAAUAAUAGGAAAGCCAAUGACCUCCAUCUGUCAAAUGUCGCUUGAAAAGUACGGCUUGCAAAAAAAUCUUUUUUGGCACUCAGCUAAUAGGCUAGUUGACUCAUGUCGAAUUGUAUUAAAUAAAUGUUUCUUUCUUAAAGUAUUUGGUCUAAGGAACCUAAAUAUAUCGAUUUCACUUCAUAAAAGCAGAAGAUUGCUGUAGAAAUUUAAUUUUAAUAAAUAUUUAUAAGUCUAUAUUUUUUAAACACUAAAAACGCUGUUCGCCACGUCCGCCAUGAUUGUGACGUCUCUUAUGGUAAACAACUAAAUGUCAUUCGCGUGUUACUGUGGGUGGAUUCUUUCGUCUGACUAAAUAUAUCUUAAAACACUUUUAACUUUAGAAAAGUUUCCGUUUACGGUUUUUUUUUUUUUGAAAAAACUAAUUAUGGAUGCCGGCUUUGUGAAAACAGAAAGCACAAAUCUGCCAAGAAUUGACGCAUUGAUGAUUGGUAAAUUUAUUGCACUAAACCCCGAUUUCUGCUCUGCGGAGCAGUAAAACGACAAGGCAUCUAUGUAAGUACAGUGUACAAUGCAGUAAUAAACAUAAAACUGAUACAACAUAUGAAUAAGUGUAAUAAAGUUGCGUAGGUUAAUUUCUUUCGGCAAUUUAAUUCACAACGUUCCUGGAGUCUUCAAGGAUGUGUUUUUAUAUUCUCGUACAAUACAAUAAUGAUAAUUACUUUAUUCUUCAUGGUAUUUAUAAGAAACCAUGUUUUUUUUUAUUAUAAAGUCAGUUAUAUUCUACGUGCUUACGAGUUUUUGUUUACUGCAGUUAACGUCAUAGCAUAGACAAUCUAUAGACUAAAACGGCCGACAGCGUUUUUGUAUGUCCAUGAAAAAUCUAUUUUACAAUUAAAGAUUUGUAGCUUUUUAGGUCUCAAAAAAAAUACAAUACAUUUUUUUCGGUCUAAUAGAACAUUUAUUAACCAUUUAAAACCUUUUUCCAAAAAGGGUCAACUAGCCUAUUAUGGAAUAAAAACCAAACAUUUGUAAACAAACAAUAACAAAUAUUGUUAAUUAAUAUUGGUUGAUAUUUUAUUUCCAUUUAUUGAGCUUUGGCUAUGAACGUUUGAUAACCUAAAUCGUCAACCAAAUGUCACUUUAAGUGCGUUCAGAAACUCGAUUUAAAACUUUGGUUUACAUAUAGAAUGCAUGUUCGUAUGUGACCUAGUAAUAGUGCAUGAUUAUUCAUAACUACUCCUGCGGUAAUGCCGAGAUGAGCGGAAUUGAAGAGCUUAAUUCUGAUUAAUGGUUUUUCUCGCAGUCAUAUUUUUUUUUUUAAAUCGGUUAUUUUCUUUUCUCAAUUAAAGUAAAUAACUUUUAUUAAAUAAAAACUUUUUUGCUCACUCUACCUUUUUCGUUAUAAUUGACAGCUAUGACCUCACAAUAUAACGCCCCGUCGAUCCUAUUCUUAGUUGAAUCGCAUUAUACCUGUUUUAAACUUUUUCUUUCUUACAUUGUCACGAGCAAUCAAAAUAUUACGAGCAGUAUUUUACCAGUGUUCCUGCCCGAUUUUUGCUAAAUUCACUGAAUAUAUAUCACUUGAAAUAAGGAUCUAAUAAUGUGUAUUGUUUCGUUUAAUUAAAAUCAUUAUACAAGGGAUUACAAAUAUUACCGUAUGCUCUUAUUAUCCGGUUUAAGUGUUAAAAUUCCGUAUGGAUACGGACAAAUUCGUAUAUGUGGCAACACUGGCAAGCGGGGUGAAGCAACCACGAGAGCCGGCGCCCGAGUACUCCGGUCCGUGGCUCUAGGCCGCGCAUCGUUCUGAGGCUAUAUGCCGCGCUUGGAAUCACUGCGCUACUACGCGCAGCCGUGCCUACUGAUGUGCACUCAGUGCGCUGCGCCUAAAGUUUUACUGAAAUUUCGCCACACAGGGAUCUCCCAUUUUUGUUAUAUCUCGUGAAUGACGAAUUGAUUUUUAUCUGUCGAAGUUAAAAACCCAUCGUUUUAUACUUAUAUUAUAAUUAUGUAGUUUUAAUAUUGAUUUAUGUUCUUUAAAUAAUGUAUAUACAAAACAGUAUUUUUAUAAUAAGUUAUAUUUAGAGGUUUUUUCACACAAUUGCGUAUAUUUUAGAGAAGUGUAUGUAAUUAAUAGAUGUAUUAUUAUAGAAAACGUUUAAGAAGUUUUAGUAGCAAGCAGUAAAAUGAUUGCAUCUUUCUAUUAUACAAUAGAACUUAUUCAAAUAUUUUAUUUUAUUGCUGAUAUUUAAAUGUGAUAGACUGAUCGUGUCAUGGUUUUUUUAACACAGUAAUUUUACUGCUUGUGACUAAAUUAAUGUUUUUAUAACUCUAUUGAGACUUUUAUUCAGAAUAUCCGUUUUGCGUGCAUAUUAGGAAGAUAUUAAUACAUACCUUCCAUAAGUAGAUUUUUUUGAGAGACGAUCUAAUGCCAAAAAAUAAAAAACCUUUUAAAGUCCUUUUGUAAUAAUUUUUGUGAUGUUGGGAGUGAAUGAAUGGAAUUAUAUUAAUCUCCAAUCACCAUGAGAUCUAAUAGUAAACUUGAGGUUACUCAAUUAGUGCAUCUGAAAUCAAGAAUUGUUCUAUUGAUUGACUCAUCAAAUGAAAUAAAAUAGUUAUGAAUGAAUACAUUUCAUGUAGUUUUCUUUUAAUAAUAAGUUGUAUAUAAUACAAAAAGAACUUAAAACGAUGUCAUUAAUACCUUUUUAUCUAUAUAUGUAUAUAAAAAUCAAUUUGCUGUUCAUUAGUCUUGCUAAAACUCGAGAAUGGCUGAACGAACGGAUUUAUCUUAUUUUGGUCUUGAAAUGUUCGUGGAGGUCUAGGGAAGGUGUAAAUGGUGAGAAAACAUAGAAAAAUUGCGAAGAAGAUAGUAAAAACGUCAAUUUAAUUUUCCCAUAUAAACUGUUCUAUCUUCUUUCCUGUCAAACAUUUGACGUUCGUUCCGUUUGGUACGGUAGACUCGGGUCCAUCAUUUCUUCCAAAUUAUUUUAACCCGUACGAAGUACGCGGGGUCAACUAGUUUUAAGAAUAAAAAUAUAGAUAAUAUAUUAUCAGUAUCAGGCCGAGUCUCAUGAAGUCUCUCAAGUGAAUAGAGCGCCAUAAAAAUACCUUUUCUCAAACAUGCUUGGAAAUUUGAGCAUUAUUUUGACAACCUUCUUCUAGAUAAAUAGAAAUUGCUGUACUGGCCACAUACAUGCGAGCAGCAGCCGGCAAAAUUUGUAUGGAAAUACAUGAAAAUCCAUAUCUGUGUUUGGCGGGCAAAUAAAUUACACAAUUAAUUUUCGUACUCUAAGUAUUAUUUUCGCAUUUUUUCGCGGAGCUCUGUGGCAUCUUGACUUUGUAACGGUCCGCGCGUGACUGUGAACCAAGAAGUGCUUGAGUGGAGUUCAAGCACUACUUGAUUGGGACACAUGUUAAGCGCUCGUGGUGUAUCUAGGGUAUUUAAUAUCGUUGUAGUAAACUCAAUUUGUCGUCUAAUUUAAAAAUGGAAAUGGAACGAGCUUUUAUCCCGAAAUAUGGCAACCAAGGAGGUAACUUAUGAAAGGUUUUAUUUAAAUUUCGAACUGAAUUUCGAAAUAGAAAGAUGUUUAUGAAAAAAACGGUAAAUGAACACUAACACAAGGGAAAGACUAUUGGUGUUCCUUGUUCUAUAUUUAUUUUCCAGAAUUUCGAAACUUCUGCCUAGGUACUACUUACUCAGUUUUAAUUUCCGCGCAUCCUUUGAGAAAAGUACUAUACAAGCCUUGGCCACAACUAGGCAUUGAUGGACUUAAGUAUGUGUGCCUCGGUUUCGCCUCAGCCUCCUUUACACGUUCAUCCAUCAAUUUAGUUUGUUUGCGCCUCUUGCUGGCCGCUACAGCAAUGUACUAUUAGAUAUAAAAAGAUGUUACCGCGCAUAAUAGGUAAUGAAUUUAUUUGCAUAUUUAACUAGAUAAAUAAAUCACUUCUUCCACGUUUGGCAUCAAAUGGCCCUCAGUGAUUGAUGAACCCAAUGCAAAACCCCUAGAAUAUUAACGCCUAGAAGCCAGCCGCGUCUUAACCAAAACAAGAGAGGUAAUGCGUGCCGAAUUCAUUUUCUUGUGUGCGUAAGUGCCUGUCCACAUCUUUUCCACGUCACGACAUCCGUCGUCGACGCGCUAACGCGACACGGUGCUUAUACGCGCCUUAAGAGCGGACGCGAGCUGAGAGACAUUGACAUACAGAAAGGUAUGUAUUAGAAAAAACUAUUGCUGUCGCGCUUUGGCAAAUACCGUGCAAUAGGCAACAGUAGCUAACGCUGAAAAUUGCGUAUAAAAAUUGCAAAAUUAGAUAUGCAUAUGUAAAAAAAAAAUUACCAAUAUAAUAAUAAGAAGUUAUACUAGGCCUCUUUGUUUUGGUUUUUUUGUAGCUUUUUUUGUAAAUGCUUAUUGAAUCUCCACACUAGAAGUCUUUAAUUCUUUUUUAAGUCUGUUUUGUAAUUGCACACCCCCCCUCUUUAAUUAAAUUUCGUCUCUCCAUCCUAUGUUUGUCUGGAAGAAAUGGUUACAUAGCCAUAAGACCGCCAAUUGUCUACCUUUUUAGAUAAUUGUCCUAACUUUGUACUUUUGAAUGUGGUGUGUUCAAUAAAUAUUUAUCUAUCUAUCUUUAGUGGUGACAAAAAAAAAUUUUGUAAUUUAUGAGGGCUUUUAGUUUCUUUGAAAAACAAGUUAUCGAAGAAAGGAAGACAUAGAAGCAUAGAAUGGGUGAAUAUAUUUUUUUAUGUAUGACAAUCAUUUCUUUAGUGAUAAAAAUCAAGGAGGAAUCAGUCGAGAUCGUUUGUAUACAAAAAACAUUGCCCUCCUCCCCUCUUAAAUAUAGGCGCAUUACACUUGGUCACUAGCCCGUAUUCGGGUGCACGAAGGACGUUACUCGAAUGCGGGCACCCGAUGCAGUAUUUACAUUGAUUUUACUCGAACACGAGCUGGAAGACUGCGUUAACUCCGUUCAAUUACACUUAGUCGUUUGGGCUAACGACCAAAUGUAAUUGCGCCAUUACUUGACUAACUUUUACUCUUUCCGCAAUACCCUUUGCAGCUAAAGAAGUGUAUCAAUGUGAUAUUAAUAAUCCCACCCCUAACUAUGAGAAAGGGAUUGCGGAAGGAGAAAAGUUACAGAAAAAGGCACCAAGUUUUAUCUUUUUUGUUUUUAAUUUAGCCGAUGUCUAACUUAACCAAUAUUAGUUGCAGAAAGUCACAUAAACAUCAAACUUAAAUCCACAAUUCCACAUAUUUCUUUUUAUGAACAAAGUUUACCACUUAAGCAGUGUUAAAGUUUACCUAAAAAAAAAUAUUUGAGAUUUUAAUUAAUAAGUAUAGAGAAGCAGUGGAAAAUAUAUACUUAUAAAAUGAUCAUAAAUGUAAUACUUAUAAAUCUAUUUUUCAAAUUAUCAUCAUUGUGUCAAGUUCAAAAUCUUUUGGUUUGAACACCAACCAAGCCUCUAAUAAAAAAAAUAUUCCUGAACAUAACUGCACAUUUCAUUAGUGCCAAUACCGUACUACUGUCCUGUGUUUGUCAUGCAUAGGAAUAUAUCUUACAAUUGGUAAAUUUUGUUUUUUUUUUUAAACCUAAUAAUUUUCAUGUUGAAAAAUACCACUAGAUACUAAGUUGAAGUAAUUAUUUGGUUAGGUGCUGGCCCCACCUGAGACAAAGUUUCUACUUAAACAACUGUAUUAUUGUUCUCAUUAAAUAAAAUUAAUAUACACCAUGUUCCUGAGGUUUUACACUAACUUUGGCAUGUUAUUCAGACUAUUAAAUUGAUCAUUUUUUACUAUGGACACUUUUAUGAAUUCCAAUUUCUUUAACAUUUUUUAUUUUCAUACAAACUAAAUGCUUAGAUGUAAUUUAUCUAAUAUGAAUUAAUCUUUACCUGAGCUGGCAACGUCGCAUUUGAAACUUUAGUUCACAUGUCCACAUACACUUUUUGAAACUUUUCUUGACGUCAACAAUGUUUUUUAAAAUAUUGACUUUUGAAACUAUGACUUAAUGACCAUUGACAAAGAGUUGAUAGUGUGAUUGCACAAAGUGGCAACAUCUCACUGCACAACACAAUUAAGUUGGUUAAACUUAAAUUACCAAUAACUUAAAAACUAUGCUAUUUAAACUACUACUUUCCUUGUACGAUAUGUUUAACAAGAGUUAUAGAAGUAUUAUUCAAAGUUAAUGUAUAUCCUCAGGAACACGGUGUAUACUAGCUGACUCAGAGAACUUCGUACUGCCCAAAAGUAAUAAUUUGCAAUAAAAUAAUAUUGCAACUAUAAGUUAAGAUGUAAGCUAUCCUAUCUUUCAAGUUGGAUCAAACUGCACAGGGGGUGCGAAUUUGAUUAAAAUCUGUUAAGUAGUUUAGGAGCCCAUCCUUUUUUUUUUUUAAUGUCUAGAAAAUGCAUUACGCAUACUUCGCCAACCGAGGGUUGCGGACGAAGCUAUCGGGGACUCCUCUCCGCCGCUUCAGGGAACACAAGUGCUCCGAGAAGCAAGCGGGGCCCUACCUCGCCAAGAAGGCGACCGCCACAAGGGCGACCGUAAAAACUAGACAAUACUCCUGCACCGGUCACCCGGCGCGCAUUAUGUGGGACCGCGGUCCUUCCUAGUGCGCACCGGGAGUGCGAGUGAUGUGGCGGUAUCCGUUUCCGAAUAGUCCGCCCACCGGCAAGGUGAUUGGACAAACAACAUGACGCGAAAUUUAUAUAAUUAUAUUAAGAUUUUAGAAAAUUUAGAAUUUCAGACACCUUAUCUAGAUAAGAAGACAUUACCUAUAAUUUUAUUUUUCAAAUAAAAUUUUCAGUAGAAUAUUAUAAUGGUAAAAUUUUAUUCCAAUUUUGAAUGUACGGUUUAACUUCCUAAAAUAUACUUAAUCAAAUUUUUAUUCUUAAUUACAAUUCAUUUAUCAUAUCACAUUUACUAUUUUUCAUCCAAAAACCUUUAAAUAUGUUUUAUCUGCAUGAACAACCAUAUCACUCUUCCAUAAUAUUAUUUAUUCUAUGUUGAGUUAAAAAUGCUAUAUCUAACAUUGCUUCUGGAUCCAGCAAAUCCUUUACCAACUCAUAUUUCAAGCUCUCCUCAUAAGCAAACAUAAUACUUGUAUCAUCAAGCAUCAUUUUUGAGGCUACUAAAGCUGCAAUGCAAUUUUUUAUCCUUGCCAUUGUUUCUCUGUCUGACCGAGUGACAGG